AUGCUGCCCUCGCGCAUCCAACCCCUCCGCCGCCCUUCCACCCCGCCACCACCACCAACACUAACGCCAACAUCUUCAUCCUCCCUGCAGCCCACCAUCGACCCCAACACCACCGAUCCCAACGACGCUGAAGACCUCCUCUCCUCUUUCCUCCCCCAUCUCUACCCAGAUGAAGCGCCCCCCUGCCUCGGCAACCCGGGCCAGACACUCCUGUACACGUCCCCGCUCUUCGGCGGCGUUCGCGUUGUUGUUCCUGAUUAUGGAUGUAAGAUAGCAGAAAAAAAAGAAGAAGAAGAAGAAGAAGAAGGAAAAGAAGAGACAGAGGAUCAAAAAGGUACUACUGCGCGGGAGCGGGAAGGGGAGGAGGAGGAUGCUGGCGUAGAGGCCGGUCGCAGGCUGUUUGCGCAUUACCUGUGGGGAGGGGCGCUGGUGGUUGCGGAGCGGAUUGAGGAGGCGGAGAGGCUGAGGAGGGUCGGCGGCGGGAGAACGCGAGAGGAGGAGAACGAACUCGUGAGGCGGUGGGGUGUGAGAGGACAGAAGGUGUUGGAGGUUGGCGCUGGCACCGCGCUUCCGUCCUUGAUCGCCGCGCUCGCCGGCGCCGAGACGGUAUGCAUAACCGACCACCCUUCCUCCGCCGCACUAGCCGGCGCCGUGCAGUCAGGAAUCGCACAUAACAUCCCCGAACGGACGAUCCGAGAACGGAUAUCUGUCCACCCACACGAGUGGGGUGUUUUCUUCGAAAAUCAGAGCAGUGGACGUGAAAACCCCGCAGAAGACGGAGAUGGGAACGUGAUCAGAUUCGCAGCGGAUAACAAGGGCGCUUUCACGCGCAUCAUCUGCGCGGAUUGUCUGUGGAUGAGGGAUCAGCAUGAGAAUCUGGUCAGGUCUUUGCUGUGGUUCCUGAAAGCGCCGGUGAAGACCGAACAGGGGUCAACCGCUGGGCCUGUGGAGGACAGGGGUGAAGAAGCGGGCGUGGCAUGGGUGGUUGCUGGCUUUCAUACCGGCAGAGAGAUCGUGGCUUCGUUUUUCGAGACGGCCGUGUCGAUGGGGUUGGUUGUGGAGAAGAUCUAUGAGAGGGACGUCAAUGCGACGAGCGAGAUGGGCGAGGUGACGCGGGAAUGGCGGCCGGUCAGAGAGGGCGAAGGCCCGGAGAAUCGAGCAAGGUGGUGUGUCGUGGCGCUGCUGAGAAAGAAGAAUUGA